UAAAGUACCAAUAAUCAAACAAAGGGAUAAAAUUUUCCGAGAAACACACAAAAAUGGUCAACGCCAAAGCGAUCUCGCUUCUCUGUUUUGCUGUAUUCUUCUGCUCCUCCAUUCAUCAAUGUCAAGCAGUAGAAGAACCCAUAAUCUUGAGUUCAAAGCCUCAAGAAUAUGGAUCAUUCAAGAUCGAAGAAGCAGCUAAUUAUGCGUGUCAAUAUACUGUAGCAAUAAAAACUAGUUGUUCUUCAACUAGAACUACUCGUGAUCAGAUCAGUCUUUCAUUUAGUGAUGCCCAUGGAAACCAGGUGUAUGCACCAAGACUAGAUGAUCCAAAAUCAAGAACAUUUGAGAGAUGUUCAACUGAUACAUUCCACUUAUCCGGACCAUGUACAGACAGAAUCUGUCAGUUGUAUCUAUACAGGGCAGGAUCUGAUGGUUGGAAACCGGAGAAUGUGAAGAUUUAUGCUCCUAAUUCAAGGAUUUCUACAUUUAACUUCAAUGUUUUUGUUCCUUAUGGAGUUUGGUAUGGAUUUAAUUACUGCAAUCGAUAUGAUAUAUGAUUCUUCCAUUAUCUCUACUAUGUAAUGUGUGUUGUAUAAGAGAGCGAAUACUGCUAUUUGAUUAAAAAUUUCCACUUUGCUGGAGAAAUUGUAUUCUGGAUUCUAAGGUUUGCUGAAGAAUAGAAAGUCUUGUGUUGUUUCAUUCUAAAGUGAAACCGCAACCCAUGAA